AUGUCUUUCGAUCAGCUGUCAUCGGUCGAGGCCGGCCGUCACCGCGGUGGUGGCGCGGGCGGUGCGUACUCGGACGACCCGUCGUUCCAGCGGCUGACGCAGGACCUGAACAACAAGCUGUUCAAGCUGCAGGGCUUCAUCGCCAAUCUGGGCCGCGAUAUUGGUCAUCUGGGCACGCGGCAGGACAAUGCGCGGGUGCGCGAGCGGGUCAACGACAUGAUGGACCAGAAGCUCUCGCGCGAAUUCCAGUCCGCCCUGUCCGACUUCCAGGGCCUGCAGCGGCAGGCGCUCGAGAAGGAGAAGGCGUCGGUGUCGGCAGCACGGCUGGCGGCCGAGGAGGGCGGAGCCGCCACGACCGGCGAGGAUGGCCAGCUCCUGCCGGGCGGCCAGCAGACGCAGCUGCAGCUGCAGCAGCAGCAGGAACAGGAGCUCGCCCGGCUGGCGUCGCAGGACGAGGUGGACUUCCAGGAGGCACUCAUUAUCGAGCGCGAGGAGGAGAUCCGCAACAUCGAGCAGGGCGUCGGCGACCUCAACGUGCUCUUCACGCAGGUCGCCACCAUGGUGCACGAGCAGGGCGAGCAGAUCGACAACAUCGCCGACAACGUCGAGAACGUGCGGGUUGACACGCGCGGCGCUGACCAGGAGCUCCGCUCUGCUGCUCGCUACCAGCGCAAUGCCCGCAGCAAGGCCUGCUGCCUCAUGCUCGUGCUCGCUAUCAUCCUCACCGUCGUCGUCCUGGCCAUCUCUCUCGGCUGA